GGCACAUUGGUGAUAGACUGAGAAGCGCAUUCGCAUGUCGACCACAUGCCAUCCGCGCCGCCCCGAGAUCUUUCAAUGAUUCUAUUGCCCCGGUAAAACGCGGCCACACUACGUCAAGAUGAUUCCCAUCCUCGGCGUCAACUUCGGCGAGAAAAAGCUCGUCAAGAAAGCCCUACAGUCCUUUUACGCCCUAGGCCCUAUGACGGCCGACCGGAUCAUGGCCAAAUACUCCAUCUUCCCGCGGGCGAAGCUAGAGUCCCUGUCGUCGAAAACCGUGCUCGCGCUCACGGCAGAGCUGUCGACGAUGACGAUCGAGAACGACGCGAGGAAGAUUGUGCAGGAGAACAUCAGGCGGCUAAAGGAUAUGGGCGCUUACAGGGGAAGGAGACACGCCAUGGGCCUGCCGGUGCGUGGACAGAGGACAAGGAACCAGAACAUGACGUCGGCGAAGCUCAACAGGCUGGAGAGGAAGGGCUGAGCGAAGAGCGUGGGCCGGCACGGCACUCGGAUCAAGCACUCAAAUGGAGGAUACAGCGGAAAAGGUCACGUCGCGCUGAGACGGUUCCUACGACACCACUUUCAAAGCGGAAUGGGAUCUGGCGUGAUUUAUACAGGACAACCAUGUGCAACACACUGUACAUUAUCUACAGCCCUACACUGGGCAAAAUAAACGUCAAAGUACCUUU